CAGAGGGUUAGCUCCACGGCUUUGCGGAUGGUUUCCGUCGGCCAAGCGGCGCCAGACUUCAAGCUCAACAACCAGAACGGGAAGCCGGUGGCGCUAAGCAGCUUCAAGAACAAGAAGAAAGUGGUGGUGUUCUUUUACCCCAAGGACAGCACGCCAGGCUGCACGAAAGAGGCCCAGACUUUCCAGAGCGACCUCGCAAAGUUCAAGAAGGCCGGCGCGGAAGUGAUCGGAAUCAGCAGCGACGCUGACCACACCGAGUUCGUGAAGGAGAACAACUUGAGCAUGACUCUGUUGAGCGACAUCGGCGGCAAGGUGCGCAAGGCGUGGAAGGUGAAGGGCGCGGUGUUCGGCACCAUCGACGGCCGCGUCACGUACGUCCUGGACAAGAACGGUGUCGUAACCAGCAUGUACGACAACCUCCUCGACGGCGCCGCCCACAGCAAGGAGGCCCUCAAGGCCCUCGAGGCAUGAGGGAGAAGACAGCAUUAGCUGCCCUUGCUCAUGUCGACUUGAGCAUUUUGUCUCGGAUGAGAGGCCUUACGGUUUUUGUGGAUCUGUAUAAUACCUCUGUUCGAGCGUUCAUUCCUAGAGCUAGCUCGAUGUGUCUGGCGCCGUUAGGUUCAACAAUUUUGAUAGGUUUCUGAGUUGUGAGGUUAGGGAUGAUGUUUUUUUGUUUUUUGAAGGACUUUUUCUGCUGGCAUGGUGGGUCCGCUUGGCUUAGUCAGUUGAAGUAACAUCUCCUUCAUGGUGUUUGGCGCCACAAAGUGAAUGGAAUGCGGAACAACUUUGAGACGAGUUGUUGGCUUGCGCUCUUUCGCACGGGCGGACUAGCUCGUUUUCCCACUCACCUCGGUCUGUUUCGAUGCUUACUCACGGGCGGACUAGCUUCGUCUUUCCACCCAUCUCGGUUCGUUACGAUUGCUCUACACAGCAGUAGUAUGCUUUGGAUACGCCCCAAGCGAGUAUUGUGCCUCGGUUGACCUCUACACGCAAGGGUACAUGGGUCUGUAUACUAACCGGCUCCUGGUGGU